GUGUAUUAGUCUUUCUGAUCUAUAUCUUAUGGAACAAUAAUGUUCAAAAGAUAAAGAGUUUUCUUGAUAAAACUUCCAGGAAGACAAGUUAAGAUAAUGCAGUUGCUGAUAAACCAGUUAGCACUAUAUUGAGCGCUUACAGAAUAGGCCUAGAAUAGAAAAAGUUUGCAUUAAAUUCUCAGUUAUGAACAAUAUUUUUCAGAAGAAUAGAAUUAGAACACCUGUCUUCUGUGUUGUAACCAUGCCUUUGCAGGGUAAGAGAGAACAAAAAUUAAUUUUUCCACCUAGUUGAACUGCAUAUUUUUCUAUGUUACAGCCAAUAUUGAAUGAACCAUGUUGAUUUGAUUGUAUUAAUUCAUUGGGUAUGUCUAGAUGAAAAAAAUUGAAAAAAUCCUAAAGUAAAAAACAUGGGGAAAUUUAGGUGAUUGGAGAAAAAUGUGUAGAAAUUAAACAUUGAAGAGAUGUGAGAAAGCAAGCAUGUUCUGUUUUCUUAACCUGUAUCUUUUAUACAUUCAAUUAAAACUUUAGUGAGGAUAAUGAGGUGACAAAAACAAUUCUCAGUUCCUUAAUUCUCAUUUACUGUUGAAUGUUACUAAGUAUAGAUGAUAAAGGAAGAUAAAUUGAACUAUGUUUUAUUUUUCAGCUUUUGAAAAUCUUGAUCACAAAAAGCACUCAAACUCCUUAUCAUAUAGAAGAGAGAUUGUUAAUGACAUAGAUUCCAUUAGCCUAACAACUGAUGAUCUGUUAAGACUUCCAGCAGAUGGAUUAUUUUCUUUCACUGAUGUUGGACCAGUAAAACUAUGCAAGAAAAACAAGAAAUGCACUGGAAGACUGGGUUCCUCGGCCAUUAAAAAGCAUCUGAAUUUUCAAGAUUCCUGCACUUCCAUGGGCAAGGAUAACUUAGUUACACGUGUUGUAGACACAAAUAUAAAUGGAAAGCAAUGUAGUAAACUAAAAAGCCCAAAACUUAUGAAUAGGACCAAUAAAUGUAUUUUUGAAUCAUCUUUAUCUUUUCCCAAGAAAUCAUCAUUGAAAGAGAGUUCACAACACAGUCUUGAAAAGAAUUAUCCAAGAUGGCUCACUAGCCAGAAAUCUGACCUCAAUGUUUCAGGGAUAAGUAGUUUACCUGAUUUCAAAUACCCAGUCUGGCUCCACAAUCAAGACUUGCUACCUGAUGCAAGUAGUCAAAAGGUUUAUAAAGUAUUUAAAGAAGACCAUUCUUCCCCUAGACAUAGUUAUCAGGCACAAAGAACUUCUCGGCUUACGAAUAAGUUAGAUUGUUGUGAAUAUUCUUUUGAGCCCUCAAAUUUUUCAAAUUACUUGAGUGAUGAUAAAGGAUUAGUUAAUGAAUACAGAUGUGAUUCUGAACAUAGCCAAUGUCAGUAUGAGAAUCCACUUCUCUCAGGACAAUCCAAAAAGCCAUUCAGUGGUGACAAAAUUGAACUGCUUAUCCUGAAGGCCAAGAAAAAUCUGGAUCAGUGUACUGAAGAGUUACCAAAGUCUGUGGAAAAGGAUGACAGUCCUUGUUCAUUAGAUAAACUUGAAGCUGAAAGAUCAUGGGAAAAUAUUCCUGUUACUUUCAAAUCUCCUGUUCCUGUUAAUUCUAAUGAUAGUCCUCGACAAACUUCAAGUGAAAAGUAUGCUAAAGAGGUUCUUGAAGACUUUUUAAAUAAUGAUAAUCAGAGCUCUACCCUUUCUGGAGGCAAACAUCAUGGUCCUGUUGAAGCUUUGAAACAAAUGUUAUUUAAUCUUCAAGCAGUACAAGAAAGUUUUAAUCAGAAUAGAACUACAGAUCCAAAAGAAGAGGUAAAAAUUUCAGAGGAUGAUUUCUCUAAAUUACAAUUGAAGGAAAGUAUGAUUCCUAUUACUAGGUCUCUUCAAAAGGCCUUGCACCACUUAUCUCGCCUGAGAGACCUGGUUGAUGAUACCAGUGGGAAACAGUCACCGAAAAUGUGAAGAAGAAAAUAAAAUU